CAUAGGAACGAGCGCGCGCAUCAGCGCUAACCACUCAACCUUUUAAUUUCGGUCUCGCAAUCAACAGAUAACGUUACUUAACACCAGUUCUAAUAAGGAUAUAAACGCUUUUUGGAUGCGUCCACUAGUUGUUUUAACUUUACAGAAACAGGUCACUGUUGAAGAAGUACAUUAAAAGGUGACAGAGGGACAUGCUGUCAUUGAGCUGUAUGGAUUCGUGGGCCAAGGGCUCAGUGGGGCUUGAGGAGGAAGCAGUCAGUCCUGCUACAAAGGCCAACAACCUAAAUAACAGCAGUUCUGACAACCUUGAUGACAGCUUGACUAGUCUGCAGUGGUUGCAGGAAUUCUCUAUUAUUCCUGGAAGGCAACAGGAGAUUUCGACCAACCAACAUCAGAGCAACCUCUUUGAGCAGCAGCUGGAUGGAGAAGCCCCUACAUCUCCUCUAGCAGGUGACCUUGCCUCCAUAGGCAUGCCACUGACCCCUGGUAAGCCCACAGCAACAGCAGUUCCUGCCCUGCCCAGCUUGGUUUCACAUGGACACUGCCCAGAUGAUGUUGACUACAAGACGAACCCUCAUGUCAAGCCACCAUACUCGUAUGCCACCCUCAUAUGCAUGGCUAUGCAGGCAAGCAAGAAAAGUAAAAUCACACUGUCAUGUAUCUAUAAGUGGAUUACUGACAACUUCUGCUACUUCCGCCAUGCUGACCCUACCUGGCAGAAUUCCAUCAGGCACAAUCUUUCACUGAAUAAAUGCUUCAUAAAAGUUCCAAGGCAGAAGGGUGAGCCAGGAAAGGGUGGAUUCUGGAAGAUUGAUCCUGAAUAUGCUGAGCGACUCCUAACUGGGGCUUACAGGAAGCGAAGGAUGCCUCCAGUACAGAUUAACCCAGCUCUUAAAAAACAACUCAGAAUGAUUUCACAGCCAAUGAUGACUGUGCCAGCACAUGCCAUGGGUGUUCUCCAUGUUAGUCCAGAGUCACAGCAGCUCUUAGAAGAAUUCGAGGAAGUCAUUGGACCUGACCAGAACUGGGAUCCUUGUCUAGCGGAAAAUACUUCAUUUGAUUGCUGGAGUACAUUAAAAGGCCACAAACGAAAACAGCCAUAUAGCCCCCGGGGUGGAGGUGCCAAAGCUGUGUGUCGCUCUAGCUCCCCACUGUUGGCCCUGGAGGAACCAAAAAUUCUGGGAUCAUUAAAGGGUAAUUUUGACUGGGAUGCUCUGCUAAAUUCAACCCUGAAUGGGGAUUUGUGCCUGAAUGAGGGUGGUCCGUUGAGCCCAAUACCACAAGAUCAGGACCUCAUGGUACAUGGCAUUCAUGUAAGCUCCCUGGAGACCUAUGUUAGUACUGCAGAGAGCAUGCUAAUAGAAACACAAAAGGACAGUGAUGUAGACUUUGACGAGGAGACAUUUUUAGCCACAGAGUUUUUACAAAGCCCUUGGACAGAGGAAGAAGAGGGAACCCAAUCUGAUUUUCUUUCUACUUCAACUGUUAACAUUAACCAACUCUUUGAUCUUGGAGACUCACUCAGUGACAACAUUGCUAAUAAAAUUGAAUCUCUUCUCUAAGGAUGUCAUCAGUAUCUCUCAAGACAGAUAAUCUAUAACAUAUACCAGUGACAUAUUUUGAAAAGUAGAAUGGAGAGGUCUAAGCUGUUUUAUCCAAAGAGUACCAACUUUGUUCUAUAGCAUUUUUUUUAAAUCAAUUUGUAUUAUUUUAUUAUAUUUGGCAAGUGAUCUGUCUAAGAGCCAGUGAUCAAAAACUGCCACAACAGUGGGUUCUUGGGAAAAUCCAUUUUUUUACUAGGCUGUGAAACUAAACUAAGCAAUAAUGGAAUUACUGAAUGAACCAGUGCAUAAAUAAAUGUCAAAAGUCCUCGGUUUUUGUGUUUGUUUACAGACUAGAUGUUAAUUUGAACUAAUUGCAAUUAAAAUCAAGCAAUAAAUAUGGAUUUGUAGCAUCUACAAAUUACAAGGAUAUGUAAAUGUAAUUGUUUAUUGCAAUUAAGGUACCUGUUUGGAAGGAGUAAAAUAAAAUAUGCAAAUAAACAUAUACCACAAUAAUAAUACUGGACUCUUAUGAGAUUUCAUAAACUGAAAUCAUUUUUAUUUACAUACAACAGUAAAUGUGGAUAGAGGGUUCACAUUGUGUAUUCCAGUCAUAUACUAACAAAAAAUACUAGCAAUCCUGUGUCAGAAUAGCACCCUGGAAUGUGGUCAAUAUAGGA